GGGGCUCAGGCGCUCGGACCAUGGCUGGAGCUCCGGCUCCCGCCCUGGCCCCCGCCGCGGCCGGUGACCCACAGCGCCUGCAGUACAGUGUACAACUGCACUUCGUGACCGAAGAGCAGCUCCUCGGGGCGGUGCCGCUCUCGUCCCCCAACUCCAAAUCUCUGCGGCUGGAGGUGCGCCCGGCAGGGGUGGAGGCGGACGCCACGGUGACUGACGCUGAUGGCGUUUGUAUCUUUAAAUGCUUACUCAACAGAGACACUGAAUGUUGCCGUGUGGGAAGAGAGUCCAUCUUGAUUACUCUGGGGUCCAACAGUGCUUUGCUGAAGUUUGAAUCUCAUACUGAAUUCAGUGCCUUUUCAAAUACCUUGAAAAGAUGUCAGAAGCAGAAAAAGGAAUACUCAGCAUUCAGCCAGCGGACAGAAGAGGCCUCGGCUGCACAAUACUUCCAGUUUUAUGGCUGCAUUUCCCAGCAGCAGAACAUGAUGCAAGAUUUUGUGAGGACAGCCACUUACCACCGAGCCAUCCUCCAGAACCACACUGACUUUAAAGACAAGGUGGUUCUAGAUGUUGGUUGUGGAUCAGGAAUACUGUCAUUUUUUGCAGUACAGGCUGGAGCCAGGAGAGUUUAUGCAGUUGAAGCCAGUUCAGUAGCACAAUAUGCUCAGAUUCUAGUGAAAAAUAACCACCUUUCAGACAAGAUCAUUGUUUUGCCAGGGAAAAUUGAAGAAAUCUCACUUCCUGAGGCUGUAGAUGUGAUCAUUUCUGAACCAAUGGGGUACAUGCUGUUCAAUGAAAGGAUGCUGGAGAGUUACCUGCAUUCCAAAAAAUGGUUGAAAUCAAAUGGAAUGAUGUUCCCGACGUUCAGCGACAUCCAUUUGGCCCCUUUUUCUGAUGAGCAGCUCUACAUGGAACACUACACCAGAGCCAACUUUUGGUACCAGCGGUGCUUCUAUGGGGUGGAUCUGUCCAGUCUCCAGGGUGCUGCAGUGGAUGAGUAUUUCAGACAGCCAAUAGUGGACACGUUUGACAUUAGGAUUUUGAUGGCUCGGACAGUCAAGUACACAGUAAACUUUAUGGUUGCAGAGGAGGAAGAUCUACACAGGGUAGAAAUCCCCUUUGUAUUUCAGAUGGCCCGGUCCGGCCUCAUUCAUGGCCUGGCGUUCUGGUUUGACGUGGCCUUUGUGGGAUCUCUGGUAACUGUUUGGCUGUCAACAGCCCCAACCGAACCUCUGACCCAUUGGUACCAGGUGCGGUGCCUUCUUCAGACUCCUCUCUUUGCCAAGGAAGGGGAGACUCUCUCGGGGAAAGUGCUGUUUGUAGCCAAUAAAAGACAAAGCUAUGACAUUCAGAUUGUGGCGCUGGUGAACCAGACAGGCUUCAGGUCUGGGAACAUCCUUGAUCUAAAGAAUCCGUUCUUUAGGUUUGCUUAGAAGACAGUGACAAGCCAGGCACUAAGUAGAAUGAAUGCCUGUGAAGUCCCUCGACAUCCAAGUUCAUACUUCAUAUUCUAACUAUGCAGUCUAUCUGCAUGGCUCUUUCAGUUUAUUCAGAUUCUUUUUUUAAAUCUAAAAUUUGCAUCUUAAUUUUAUUGACACAUCUACUUCUUGGCACUUCUUGGACUGACUUUUUGCAGCUUUCUACAUGCGGCUGAAGAACAAUUUUUUAAAUUUUUGUGUUUUUAAAUUUUUAUUAUUAUUUUAGUAGAGCCAGCAGCAUUGCUCUAAUUUUUGAAGUAUUUUAAAAUGAAAUUUAACAGUAGCCUACCUCACGUUUAUAGGUAUGCAUAUGUAUGACAUGACAUAGGAGCAUGUUAGGAGUGAGCCUCUAUUUUCAAUUUUAAUAUGAAUUGUUUUUGCAAAUAUUUUCAACAGAUCAACAGCUAAUUCCUAGCUCAGCAAUGUGUUAAAAGAAUUUUUGCCUUAUUCAUGUAAUGGAAAAAUAUGUCAGGAAUACUCUUCAUUGGAAAUAUUUGAUGACUCUCUAUGUAGUUAAGAAAAUAGAUAUGGAACCUUAAUCAGUGUGAGAUGCCAAUGAGGCCUCUCCUUAAAUUUAAGACAUUUGUUGUAUGUCACACGUCAAACGGUGAUGAAAGACGAUCCUCCCAAGGUUCAUGUUUACCCCUGGCCCAAACAACCCUCGUAAAAGUGGAUGUCACGUCAGCACGGCAGUCUAAUGAAGCCCAGAGGCAACCUGCUCACUCAGUGGGGGAAACUGGAACAAACAGGGACUGCAUCUUCUCAUCAGUCAGCCAGCCACCAAGCUUUCAGCUUUCCGCUCUGUUGCUUUUGCUUACCCGGACCCCUCCUUCUGAAAUAGUCUUCUCUCUUUUAGCCAUAAAAACGGUAUUGUUCACUCCUCUCGCUCCACAGUAGGUCCUGCUCCAAUAUACAGCCUCCAAGAUGGUUGCUGAGCACCCUCCAUGUUCACUAAAAGUGCCCCUUCUCACCUUUGACUUCUCCUCCUGCCAUCCCCCCUUACCUAACUCUUUCUUCCAGCAAUUUUACCACAUUGUACCCUCAACACACACAUCUUUUUCUUCUGGUAGACUUUUAGUUCCUUGUAGGAUGGAUUUGUGUCCAAUUCAUUUUGUAAUCUCUCACAGUGCCUCACAGGAUGCCUUCUGCAUUGAAGAUGCUCAAUAAAUGUACAUAUUGAUUCAAUAAAAUUUAUCCUGCUAUUAAGAUAACUGGAAGAGAGGAAUCAGGCCUGAUGAUGUUCUGAUUGCCUUUUGGGCAUGGUAGGCAGAAACUACAUGAGCCCUGGAUUGCAGAAACACAGUGUGGCUACUGCCACCACCUUCGCCCACACCUGGGGCAGACAUGCAUCAUGAGUGCCAGCUCUCCUUCCCAGUGAACCCUGAGAUGGCCUCACAGUCCUUCUCCGCCAUACAUUGGGAAGCCACUAUCAGUUGGUGGAAGUGAACACAAGAGAUGAAACCCAUGACUUUCAAGAAUUCAAAAAGAAGAAAAAAAAAUUUUUCCCUGUAUUGAACAAUCCUGAAGACCUGUCAUAUUUAUGAAUCUGGAAUUUUGCUAAAGCACAAAUUUGGUGUAGAUAUAUGCUACAAGGUGGGUGUGGAGGAUGAGUGAGUUUUUGCAAGUGAACCCAGGCCAUCGCUCCGGGGAUACCCUUCUGGACAAUUCCAGGACUGAUGACCUGGUGGCUCAGUGAUUUCAGCAAGUAAUGAGGUUCUUCCCUUGCUUUGCUCUGCUAUCCACAGGGCAGCCCUCCUCAUAUGCACACAGUGACCAUGGAGUUUAGAGUCCUAUUCAGACACAGCAAUGUUCACAGUCAUAGAAAUUGGCCAUCAUUUCUGGUGUGUCAUCUUAAAGCAAUGAAAAUGAUAAUGAUAAUUAUGUGCCAAGCACUAUUCUAAGUGCUUUAAACAUAAAACUACUUUUGAUACUUAUAGUGGCUUAUUAGAUAUUUACCUAAUAGUUCAUUUGGUACAAUAGGAUAGGUGUUAACCCCAUUUAACAAAUGAAGAUAUGGAGACAGAAUGGUGAAGUAACUUUCCCAAUGGCCCACAGUUAGUAAGUGGUGGAGCCAGGGUUGUAAACCCAGCAGUCUGGCUCCGGAGUCUCUGCCCUUAAUUACUCAAUAAGAUGCCAUUACAUACCUGACAGCUAGAUUUUGAGGCUGUUGACCCUAA